ACGCACACGCUGCCUAACCCUACUCUCAAACGCAAAAAGAAGACAUGACGGAGUAUGACGAUCGCAGCAACUGUGCGUCAAAUAUGUAUUUGCCAAACUGUACUUAUUACGUAUCGGCUCCGGAUUUUUCGUCGGUGUCUUCGUUUUUACCUCAGACUACUUCGUGUCAAGUCAAUUUUCCUUAUUCGUCCAAUAUAGCUCAAGUCCAACCUGUUCGGGAGGUUGCCUUCAGAGACUAUGGACUCGAUCACCCAAGUAAAUGGCAUUACAGGGGUAAUUACGCUUCCUACUAUCCAACGGAAGACAUAAUGCACCGAGAUCUAAUCCAGUCGUCGACCAGAACUGAUAUGCUAUUCAAAAAUGAUUCCGUAUACAGCCACCACGGUGGAUCCAAUACAUCAUGCAAUUUAUUCACUAAUGUCGGCAGAAAUGGGGUCCUUCCUCAAGGUUUUGACCAGUUUUUUGAGACUAUUAACGCUGCCCCCGAGAAGCCCGACUCCGACCACUCGAAAGGAAGGACAGAAUCCGGGAUCCCCAGAGAUGCUGCGUGUAAUAAACUGUCCGCGGACAGUUCAGAGCAGGAGAAACGAAACCCACCAGAAAACAUUGACGAAGAGUCCUCUUUAUCGAAUUGUGCGGAGGAGAAGAACAACGGUCUAAGUUCUUCAAAGUCAAGAAAAAAGAGAUGCCCCUACAGCAAAUACCAAAUCCGAGAACUUGAACGAGAAUUCUUUUUCAAUGUGUACAUAAACAAAGAGAAGAGGCUUCAGUUGUCAAGAAUGUUAAAUUUGACUGAUCGGCAAGUGAAGAUUUGGUUCCAGAACCGACGAAUGAAAGAAAAAAAAUUAAACAGGGAUCGGCUCCAGUAUUUCACUGGGAACCCUUUGUUUUGACAUUCUGCUUUUAAAGGAAAGAGCUGAUCAUAACAGUGACCUCAACAAUGGGAUGGUUAUAAGUGGUGAGACGCUGAUGCGCAGUCUCGAGACUCUUGGGUACUUCAAGAAAUGCAGAUCAACUGCAAAUUUUUAAACUAUGCAAAGGUGGCUUCAGCAGUUUUUACCACAAGACACAACUGAUUAUUAUCCCCUUGUUUAAACACAGUACCUAGUGAAUUGUUCAGUAGAGUCAGACCAACAAGAAAACUAUGACAAUCUUAAUUUUAGUUCUCCCACUGUUUAGACGGUGAAUGUUUUGUAAAUGUACUUGCUGUGUGCCGAUAAUUUUUAUUUAUUUAUUUCAUUUACUGAAUUAAUUGACUUAUGAACAAUUUGCAGUAAGCAACAAAGAAUUUGAUUACAGUAAUCAAUAUGGCGUUUUAUAACA